UUUUAACAGUUAAAGUAGUUGUAUUGUUUUUGAAAGAACUUCCAUCGACCCUCUAAUAUAAAUUAUAAAAUUAAAUUACAAUUUAUUUAAAAUAAUGUUAACGAAUAAUACUACAGUUCAUAGCUGUACAGCCCAAUGCUGUAUGCAUUAAUUUUUAUUUUAUUUAAGUGACAUAAGAGUAAUAGUUAAAUCAUAAUGGAUACUAUAGAAGAUAAACCAAAUUGUGCUCUUAAAUGCCUUCGUAAUAUUGAAGAUGCUACACAGCGAGUACAUCCUUUAAAAUAUGGAAUGAAUACCAUUGGAAGAGGAUUAAAUAAUGACAUUGUGCUUAAAAAUUUAAAUGUGUCAAGAACUCACUGUCAUUUAUAUGUUGAAAAAAAUGAUUCAAUUGAUGUUGCCUUCAUUAUAGAUUUAGGUACAUCAAAUGGCACUAUUGUUGGAAACACAGAUUUAGUAAAAGAUAAAAAACACAAGCUAAACGAUUUAGACAUGAUUGCUUUAGCAAGUGGCGAUCAAGGAGUUGUCCUACAGUUCAUUAAAAUAGAUCGAACCACUAUUUUGCCACCUUUAAAUGAAAAUGUUCAAUUAAGCAAUAAAAGAAAAGUUUUAUGUACGGAAAAUGAAGAACCAACUGCUACGUUACUUAAAAUGCCCAAACUUGAGCCGGUAAAUGCUGUACAUUUUGUGCAUUCAGAGGAAAAACAUUUUUCUAAAAAUGAAAUUGUAUCCGGACCAAUCACAAACGAUUGUCAAAGUCAGAAUGUAUUUAAAAUACCAAGCUCAAAUGGAGUCGUUCCUGAUUCAAAUGAUGAAAAAUGUUCAAGAGUUAUUUUUAAUAAACUAGAAUGUGCUGAUAUUUAUAAGGCGACUACUUCAAUUUCAACUAUUAAUACUACACUACAAAUGUCUAAUGAUACAAACCCUCCUAAUGAAAUAUUUGCACAAGAUAAAAAUAUGUAUACUUUAAUUAAAAAUAUAAAGGCAGAACCAGAGACUGUAAACUUUAUGACAUCCAGUCAAGGUACAUAUAGUAAAGAGGAAGACAGUAUUGUAAUAUUGGCUUCUUCUGACGAAGAAGAUAAUAUCAAAGAGGGUGAGCAAAAUAUAUCUUUGAACCAUUAUAAUAUCACUGAUAUAAAAAAUGUGAAUACCAUUAAUUUACCUCAACUGGAUAAUGAAAUAAAACCAGUUUUAAGUGAUUGGCAUAAUGCAAAUCAAAUGUUGACAAGUGAUGAUGAAGAAGAUUUAUUAUUAGAGUUGCCGAAUAAAUCAAAAAAUUCGAGUAUCUUAAUUAGUUCAGAUGAACAUGAUACUGAUAAUGAUUGUGAUGAUAACGGUGAUCAUUAUAAAUGUCCUCAAAUCAUUGAUCCUCUUCCAAUGAAACUGAGAACAAAAGGAAGACCUCCUAAAGCAUUAGUCGAAAAUGAAAAUAUAAUGAAAACUCGAGCUAAGUGCCAAAGAAAAACUAAAAUUAAAAAAAAAACUGAACUCGAAAUAGCAGAGCAAAAUAAAAAAAUUGCUCAAGAAAGAAAAAUUAAACUGCAGAAAUUAAUUAAAAUUAAAGAUAGUUCUGCAUCAGUCGAUAAUGAAACUGAUUUAAUUACUAACGAUAAAUUUAUAGAUAAACCAUCAACAACAGAUAUAUUAAAGAAGAAGACGAGAGUUUCUAGAGUGCAACCAUGCCUGAUUGACGAUGAUUAUAGGAACAUCCCGUCUACAUCUAAGUGUAAUCAGAUUACUCAUGAUAAAAAAACGGAAUCUGAAUUAACCCGUUCUAAAAGAAAAGUAACUUUCAAAAAUCUGGAAACACGUGUCUUAAAUAUCAAUAAUUCGGUUGACAAAGUAACAAGUUCAAAAUAUUUUGCCUUAUUUGACAUAAUUAGCAAAAUAUGCAAAUGGAAUGCAGUAUGGCUUUACGAACAGAAAUUAAUGGACGAGACCCCACCGUUAACGAGCCAUUUAUAUAAAAUGAAAGGACAAUUUGAUGAUCCAUCAGACUAUUCUACUGUAAUAAAACCAUUGUUGAUGUACGAAAACUGGUCUAAAAUAACCGAAAUGUACAAUAUGAUGACAAACAAAAAUCCUAGUUUGGAACAAUCAAUUUUUGGAAAACGAUCAACCAAGAACUCUCCACUUUUUACUUUCUCUAUUAAUUCUGUUAAUAAACAAUUUUCUACGGCGAACCCAAUGUUAAAACCAAUUAGUGAACCUCUUUGGUGUUUAAAAUGCUUAGGAACAAACCAACAUACAACUAAUUCAGCAGGCUAUCCGCAAAGUGGAUUUUUAUGUAUAGCUGUUAUCCAAUCAGAUAAUUUUGAACUAAAUGCAACUCAAAUAAAAAAACCUACAAAAUCUAGAAAUAUAUUUUUUGCUUACGUUCUUUCUGCUAAAAAAACAGGAAUUUAUAACAACAACCCACAGUGGUGUGUAGAAUUAAUAGUUACUAGAAAGACUGUAAAUAUUCCUAGUGAAACACCUAUUCAAUUACUAGGAAUUCAUUACAUUCGAUCAGAGUUGCGUUUAUUUCAAGCGAUCAACUGUGUUGCUGUGUCAUCUCUUUGCAAUGCGCUCAUAACACCACAAUUGCAUAAUUAUUCGUAUCCAACUAUCAAUUUGAAGAAUUACAACAUAAGUAUAAAUGAUGGAUUAAACAAUAGCCAGAAAAAAGCGGUUAUUAUGGCUGUAUCAAUUUGUUUGUCCACAAAUCCAAAUAUUGGUCUUAUUAUUGGACCGCCUGGUACAGGAAAAUCGAGUGUGAUAUGUAGUAUAGUAACUACGCUGCUCAAGUUAAAUUCUCAACCCAAGAUUAAUGCUAAACAUAAAAUACUUGUGUGUGCUCCUUCCAAUGAAGCUGUUGAUGUUUUAGUUAGACGUCUAGUUGAAAUAAAAAAUAAUAACACAAUUCCAAUAGAAUUCAGUGUAGUAAGAGUUGGAGGAGGCCAGAAAAUGGAUCCACUUAUUUCUAAUGUGACUCUAGAUAAUUUAGUUAAAAAAAAAAUGGAUGGAUCUUUUAAUGAAAAUGAUAAUAAAGGAAGACCAAGUACGUUAACCAUGUAUUCCAAUAGAAAAGAUGUUGAAAAAGAUAUACUUCAGAAUAUUGAUGUUAUUGUUACAACUUUAAACUCGUGCUAUUCUAAAGCAAUGGAAGAUGCUUUCCUGUCGUCUUCAAAUAAAGGCAUGCUGAGCAAGUGUCCAUUUACAGUGUGUAUAGUAGAUGAAGCAGGUCAGAGUGUUGAACCUCUUAAUUAUGUACCCAUUUUACUUGGAAUCAAUAAACUCAUAUUAGUUGGGGAUGAUAAACAACUUCAGCCAAUAGUAAAGAGUAAAGCAGCUAAGGAUCAUGGUUUUGGAAUUUCAUUGUUCAAGCGACUUAAGUCUUGGUUAGAACAUAAUAAUACUGAACAUCAACAGGAUUCAAUCCCUGUUAAUCUACUGGACACUCAAUAUAGAAUGCAUAAAGAAAUUUGUUCAUUUCCGUCAAAAUACUUUUAUAAAGGUGUUAUUAAAACCGCAUCUUCGGUACACGAUAGAAAAAUGUUACCGAUUCAUCCAUAUUUAAUAAUAGAACAUGAUAGUCAACAAGAUAAUACUGGUGAAGCAAAUAUGGGUGAAGCAAAUUUAAUUGUGAGCUUAGUAGAAAUUUUACUCAACAUAGAUGGAUGCCAAAGAUUGUCAAUUGCCGUUCUAACACCAUAUCACAAACAAAGAGAACAAAUUAACACAUUAUUAGAAAUAAAACAAAUCUCCCUGAACGUUAAUACUAUAGAUUCAUUCCAAGGUAGCGAAUGUGACAUACUUUUAAUAUCAACAGUACGCACUACUGGAAUAGGCUUUUUGGACGAUACCUCUCGUUUAAAUGUUGCAUUAACUCGAGCGAAACAAUCGUUAUUAGUCUGUGGAAAUUUUAUGUCCUUAAAAGGAGACCGGGUUUGGUGUAAUCUAUUGGAUGAUGCUAAACAACGUAAAUUACUCAAAAAGGUAUCGAAAAAAAAUUUAACUAAUAGUAGAGCACUGUCUGCCAUUGUUAAAAGAUAGACCUACCAUUUUUUUCUUGUGUAAUGUGUAAUUGUAAUUAUAAUGAAAUUGAUCAACCUUACUACCAAUAAAUUACAUUUCCUUUUAUAUUUAAAAUGGAACUGACAUCAGCACUUUAUGUAAUAUUAAAUAAGACUGUGUAAUUGUUUAUAUUAAAUAUUUUACUAACGUAUGUAUAUCUCUAUAUAUUUAAUAAUACGUUACAACUCACAACAUAUUGUUUUAC